AUGCCACCACAACCGCAAGCAUUGCGAUCGAAUUCAGUGAAUCCAUCCAAUUUGGUUGAACUUCAGGUGCUCACCAAGAUAGUGAAUCAGUUGCAAGGGAACAAUGACAUGAAAGGCUCUAUACCUUACUUGGCUAAAAUCGUUCAAAUUGUUGCUAACCAGAGAUUAGAGCGACCCUCACCAACAGCCACAGAAGAAAGCAAACAGCGAUAUUACCAGCAGCUUAACGAGCUCUCGAAAGUACAAGCAGAUGCGUAUGCGCAGUUGGCUGAUGCCUAUUUCCAGACGCAACAGUUCAUUACAUGCGAAUCAAACUUGAACCUAUCAGUCAAGAUUUGGGAGCGUCUCUUGAAGCAUGAUGCCGCUUCUACAGAUACCAUUACACCACGCUUGAAGGCGGCUUACAAGCAAUUAGGGGAGGCAUAUGAGGCGAUGGGAAAAACUCAAUUAGCGCAGCAUAUGGCAACUAGACUUGAUAGAUUAUCAUCUGAUUAA